UCUACUACAACAACAAGAGAGAGAAAUAAAGAGACUGUAAUUCCUUUUUAUUUUUCUUCUUCAUCCUCUCUCUCUCUACUUUCUCUCUGCUCUUCUUCGGAUUUGAUCUCUUCAAGUUCUUGUCCUUCAAUCAACUUUGGUUUUCUUGUUUGUUGUAUUAGAAAUCGGUGUUAGUCAGCUGGUCAAAUAUUUUGCUUAAUCGACGCGUUUUCCCUUUUUCUCCGACAAAAAAUCAGUCAAUUUUGAGGGCUUUGGCUGGGGUUGUGGAAUCUUGACAUGUUGAUGCUGAACAAGUAAAUAAGAUUUAGAAUUUGUGUUUCUUACAAGGGAACAAGAUGUUGGAGGCUUCAAAGUUUACUGGAAUCAUAGGGAUAAACAACAAUGAUAACAAAUUCUAUGACUUCUAUCACAAGCUUGGAGUUGGUGAGAAUUCCAAUAUGUCAAUUGACAGUUAUGCAAGCUUGCAGACGAGCAAUGGAGGGGGUUCUGUUGCCAUGUCUGUUGAUAAUAGUAGUGUGGGUUCUAAUGAUUCACACACUCGUAUGUUGGGUCAUCAAGGAUUGAAACGUGUUAACAAUAACUAUUCUGUUGCUGGGAGUGUUAAUCAUCGAGGAAGGGUAACUCAUGCCUUGAGUGAUGAUGCACUUGCUCAAGCACUUAUGGAUCCUACUUUCCCUACUGAGGGGCUUGAGAAUUUUGAGGAGUGGACUAUUGACUUGAGGAAGCUUAAUAUGGGUGAAGCUUUUGCACAAGGAGCUUUUGGGAAGCUUUAUCGGGGUACAUAUGAAGGUGAGGAGGUUGCAAUUAAAAUUUUGGAGAGGCCAGAGAAUGACCAGGAGAGGGCCCAGCUGAUGGAGCAACAAUUUCAACAGGAAGUUAUGAUGUUGGCUACAUUGAAGCAUCCAAAUAUUGUUCGGUUUAUUGGAGCUUGUCGUAAACCCAUGGUCUGGUGUAUUGUUACUGAAUAUGCAAAGGGUGGUUCGGUUAGACAAUUCUUGACAAAGAGGCAUAACAGAUCCGUGCCUCUGAAGUUAGCUGUUAAACAGGCAUUGGAUGUGGCUAGAGGGAUGGAGUAUGUCCACCGACUUGGAUUGAUCCACAGGGAUCUGAAGUCUGAUAAUUUGUUGAUUUUUUCUGAUAAAUCUAUAAAGAUUGCGGAUUUUGGAGUUGCUCGGAUUGAGGUUCAGACCGAAGGAAUGACCCCAGAGACCGGAACAUACCGUUGGAUGGCUCCUGAAAUGAUCCAACAUAGGCCCUACACCCAGAAGGUUGAUGUGUACAGUUUUGGAAUAGUGCUUUGGGAGCUGAUAACGGGUAUGCUCCCUUUCCAGAAUAUGACUGCCGUUCAGGCAGCAUUUGCUGUAGUCAACAAGGGAGUCCGUCCAAUAAUCCCACCUGACUGCCUUCCCGUUCUGAGUGAGAUCAUGACCCGUUGUUGGGAUCCCAAUCCCGAUGUAAGGCCUCCCUUUUCAGAUGUUGUGAAGAUGCUCGAGCAUGCAGAGACAGAGAUCAUGACCACUGUACGCAAGGCCCGUUUCAGGUGCUGUAUCACACAACCUAUGACUGCAGAUUAAUGCACAGAAGAAUCCAGAUUGCGACGAGACAAGAGGGAAAAAAUGAAUAGGCACAUAUUUAUGGCAAGGUAUUCGAAACGAAUUGCUACAAGAACGCACUGCAGGGGAAAAGGUUGUUUUACUUAACCAUGUAUUUAUGAGGAUAUCAUUUUCUUACAUUCAGCUUAGAAAAAAGUGGAAAAAUCACGAUAAAAUUCGAGAACUGGGUUUCUUGUUUUUGUUUUAUUUUUCCUCUUAAAAUUAUAAUUCAAAUGGAUUUCUGUGGUUGCCCUUAGUAGGAGGAAGAGAAGAAGAUAUGUGAUCUGUAAUUCUGUAUUUAUACAUGCGCCUUCACUCUUGCUUUGAUGUUUAUCUACUCUUUAGUUUAAUUAUUUUGAUGAUAAAAAGAGGAAAAUGUCAUACUAUUAUUAUUAGUUACUUAUUUGAUUUCUUAAUUAUGUCAUGGGGAAUGAUG